AAAGACACAAAAAAAGCUGCACAAGUCUUUGGUCUCUUUAAUGGGAUGCAUUAUGAGGGUUGUUGAAAAGCUAGUAACUGCCUCCUCUUAAGGAUGGAGAAGAACAGAGUGCCUCUCUAUUCUUCAGCUGUGGAAAUAAAGUAAGAAUUAUUUUAUUCCCUGAAUUUCAUCCAGAGCCAGGAGUCCAUUCACAGACUGUCGUACCAAGCGCUCUUGAAAGGGAUCUGUAGAAUAAUCUACAUGAAAGUAUUUUGAACAUCUUGUUCAAUGUGGAAAGAAGUACGUUUCAGAACUGAUCAUACUGUUAUACUUGUUAAUUAACGAAUGCAAUAGCAGGCAAAUGAGUUAUAUUAGCCUUAUGUUUAACAAAGAAACGGGUAAUUUGUCAGUGCCAGGAUUGGACAGUAACUAGUCAUCUGAACCAGUUUGAAUAGUCUCUGGAGCAAAACUUGAAACAAGGGAGCAAAACAAAUGUCCAAGAGUUCAGUGAAGUCUGAACAGAUGCUGCGCAAGAUAACAGAUUAAAAUGUUCUUAAGUCUUAAAAAUGCAAACCAAAAAACACUGGAAUUUGUGCUAGAUCUGCUUUUGUGAGAAGAAACUGAGUCCCCUGUUCAACCGCAGCACAAUCAGGAAUGGAGGGAUAUGGAUUGUUUUUCUGAUAUUGCUACAGACUUGGCUUUACCCAGGUCAGUUAAAUCCAGACCUCUGAAGAUGUUUAGACUUUUGUUGCUGUGGAUUGCCAGGUCUAAGCGAGUUAGGGCUCUGACUUGAGGCAUUGUAGAAUUGCCCUUCAGACAAAAUCCUAUGGAAGACGUUGGAUCUCUGGCACACCACGUGGCAGUUGAACAACACCAACCUGCAGUGGCGCUGGACCUGUCACUACUUUUGUCAUACUUGUAAUUGCACCCUCUGCUGUGUUGUAUUUCUUCACUGAUGCUUCAGUAGCUGGAUCUGGGUAGCCGAGUUAGAUCUUUCCUUAUUCUUCUGGCUUUGGAAGACUGAUACAACACAGUCCUCACUCAUACACCUCUGCUUUGCUAUUCACACUGCAUGCUUUAGGGACAUAUUUUCUCCCAGGAUAUCAGAAGACUUUGCUGCCAUCACCUUUACAUUUCACGAUGUGACAGCUGGUGUUUCAAUUCCAUGAAGUACUGUCUUGCAGCCGAGGGCAAGAAGCCUAUGCUUUGAUUCUCACAGCAGAUGGAGCAGUGAGUCAGCCUGAAGCUGUUGCAAGGCCAAAGCAAAGACUUUUCUGUUUGUGUGCAGAGGAGAUUAAGAACAAUAUCCAUUGCAGCUUUAGAGGGAAGAUUGGCCUCUUGAUUGCAAUCCCAGCUGAGAAAUGCGUGAGGAGCAUUAUGGCAUGCCCGACGGAUACAAACAACGUUGGAUGGGAUUAACACAAAUAUCCAGGGGUUUUGUUGUUUCGUCGUCCUGAUGAAUUAUGGCAGAGGACAGAGGACAGUCUCUUUUGCCCAAAAUGCAUUGGAAUGAUUCAUCCAAUUCCUCAGGAGGUGGCAACGAAGCUCAUUCAGCCUUUACACAGACUGAACACAACAUAGUCGCAGCUUACUUAAUAACAGCAGGAGUGAUAAGCAUUUUCAGUAACAUUGUUGUGUUGGGCAUCUUCGUUAAGUACAAAGAGCUGCGGACGGCAACCAACGCGAUUAUUAUCAACUUGGCUUUUACUGACAUUGGUGUCAGUGGCAUUGGUUACCCCAUGUCUGCUGCCUCAGACCUGCAUGGAAGCUGGAAAUUCGGACAUACGGGAUGCCAGAUCUAUGCUGCCUUAAAUAUCUUUUUUGGGAUGGCCAGUAUUGGUUUGCUUACUGUUGUUGCAGUCGACCGUUAUCUGACAAUCUGCAGGCCUGAUAUAGGGAGAAGAAUGACCACCCGAAGCUAUGCCGCUCUGAUCCUUGCUGCUUGGAUAAAUGCUGUCUUUUGGGCUUCCAUGCCUACUGUAGGCUGGGCUAGCUAUGCUCCGGAUCCGACUGGAGCAACGUGCACAGUAAAUUGGAGGAAAAAUGAUGUGUCCUUUGUUUCCUUCACAAUGAGUGUAAUUGCUGUUAAUUUUGUUGUACCCUUAACAGUCAUGUUUUACUGUUAUUACAAUGUUUCCCGGACAAUGAAACAAUACGCCAGCAGUAAAUGCCUGGAGAGCAUCAACGUAGAUUGGUCUGACCAAGUAGAUGUCACCAAGAUGUCUAUUGUGAUGAUUGUAAUGUUCUUGGUGGCGUGGUCUCCAUAUUCUAUUGUGUGUUUAUGGUCUUCCUUUGGAGACCCAAGGAAAAUUUCUCCUGCAAUGGCCAUCAUAGCUCCUCUAUUUGCAAAAUCUUCCACAUUCUAUAAUCCCUGCAUUUAUGUAAUUGCAAACAAAAAGUUUCGGAGGGCAAUCCUGGCAAUGGUGCGAUGUCAGACAAGACAGGAGAUAACUAUAAACAAUGCCUUGCCCAUGAGUGUAUCUCAAAGUGCACUGACAGCGUAGAACUCAUAUCAUUUGCCUGCACAAGUUACAUGGAAAGGAGUGAAAUCUGGGUUCAAGUUAAUUAAUCUUUUGGAAGAUUUAUCUUUUGGAAUAAUAAUCUGCCCCAGCCAGCCAGCUGUUUUCUGUUAAUCUUUUUAGAUAGAUUAAAAAAGAAAAAAAAGAUAAAAUCCACUAAGACUUUAGCUUUUGAGAGUGAGGUUUAUUGGCCCAACGUGUCUGUCCCAAACAAAAAAAAAGCUAGUGAAGUGUUCACUGUGACUCCUGCAGGGUUGGACAAGGUGACACAGAGGCAGGGAGGGACUGAAGCAGGUAGUGCUUAGGUUCAGUAAUGUAGAUUUUGGACCUGUUAAGUCCUUUCAUGAAUUACUUUCCCUCAACUUCCCAUGAAAUUUUUCCAGAGUUGAAAUACUCUGCAUUCUGGCUGUGUGAGUGUAUUUCUGUACCAAGUGUCCCUGUUGGUAUGCCUUGCAGAGUUCUGUUUCUGUGAGUAUGUUAAGAUAUCAAAAUAUCUAGCCAAACCCUAGAGAACCUGUUACCAGCUUUUAGGAUUUUGAAGGAGUUUCAGGAUAUUUAAUGUAUUUUUAAAGUUUCGGCUCACACAACCAAAUGAAUUUGUAGGAAGAACAGCUUUUGUUUUAGAAGUUUCUAGUACUUGUGACUGCUGAAAAUGAGACAAAAAGCACCCUAAAGCUUGACCCUUAGGAGGCACAUAAAACCGAGUAAAUAUUUAUGGUCAUUUGUCAUCAUUUCGAAGUCAAUCUCAUGGUUAUAUAGGUCUGUUGUGUAAUUUUUAAAAAAUACCUUUGAUGAUGUGAGCAAUGGUUUUAUUCAGGAUGGAAGAGAUGACUGUGUAUAGAUCUAUUUAUGAACGGUCGUAUAUGCACUCUUGAUGAUUCUCAGAAUUUGAGAAUAAAUAUCUUCUAUUAUGUAUGUAUGCACCCGAA